AUGCGAGACAAGUGGGCCAUUCGCGAAGAUGUCUGGACGGCGCUGGAGACGGCCCGCGUGGUGCGGGGCAAGUCGGUGCACGACAAGAUUCCCCAUUUCAUCGGGUGUGGGGUGGCUGCGUCCCUCGCAACUGAAUUGCCUGAAUGGGAGGCGGCCCGCGCCAUCAAGAGCAACCCCGACCAGGCGCAGCGUCCGUUGCGUCAACUGGCAUUGGAGCAGGGCAAGUUGCUCUAUAUGGCGGUGCCCAGGUUGCGGGACGAACGGGUCUUCAUCGAGCUGGACCCAACCCGCCCUGAGGUUGAGCCGGCUAAAGCGGCCACCAUAUCCGGGGCGUUCCAGGUGGGGCGCUCGGUGGCCGUCAACCGGCAGGGUGUCCGCGUCGGCAAGGGCGGCGGUUACGCCGAUCUGGAGUACGGCCUGGCCGCCGCGGCCGGGGUGGUGCAUCCAGACACUCCGGUCAUCAGCACGGUACACGCCAUGCAGGUGCUGGACGAAGACCUGCCCUACACUCAGCACGACGUCCCGCUGGCGGUGGUUAUCACGCCGGAUGCGAUCAUCCGUUGCAACGCUGGCGGCGCUGCCCUCCCCAGACCCACCGGCAUCUACUGGGACGACCUGGACGAGCGCAAAAUUCGCUCCAUCCCCCUGCUGGCCAGGUUGCGGGCCGAGAUGGGCUAG